AUGACAGAAAUAAUUGUUUUGCAAGGUGUGGCAGCAGUCAAAACCUCAGCUACUCACUUUAUCUUUUAUGGUAUUUUUGACUUGCAUGGCUUUUCUAUUGAAGCUUUUAAUGCAUCUUCU